AGUAAUGGGCGAUGCUCAUCACUGCUUUUGUCGGAACUGCCAUCGCAUUUGCGUGUUUCUCAGGAGCCGCCCUCGUCUCCAAGAGGAGAGAAUAUCUUUACCUGGGUGGAUUGCUGUCUUCUGGCCUUUCUAUACUCGUAUGGUUGCAGUUUGCUAGUUCCCUCUUUGGUCAAUCGGCUGCUGGGUUCAAAAUUGAGGACACCCAAGAGAUCAUAGAGAGAGCCUCUCGUGGAGAGUUGGACUAUGGGAAACAUGCGUUGACCCUCUUUACAGAUUUUCUUGCAGUUUUUGUCCGUAUUCUCAACAUCAUGUUGAAAAAUGCAUCGGAGAAAUCUGAAGACAAAAGAAGGAAGAAGAAAUCUUAAUUGGUACACACUUAUCACAAGCAAAAUGUUUUAUGGUUAUGGCUUUCUCCCUGUUUCCGACUGUCAUGCGUCUGUGUUUGCUAGGACACUUGUUACAGGCUAAAUGUAAUUAUGAACUUCGAGGGUGUGACCGCGUAACGGCCUAAAGAAUGUUGUUGACUUCCGGGCUAACUUUCAUAGAUGAGAAAUGGAAGUUACUUUAUUUAAUUA